CACUGUAUCAUUUUUGUAUUUCUGGUUUCAACUCCUCUCUGACACUAUCAGCAGAUGUAACAUCUCACACAAUGGACUGGAUAUCUAGUGCUGCACUAUUCCUGUCAGUCUUAAAUGCUGCACUUUGUUUCAAUAUCGAUCCUGCGGCUUGGAAGACCCUGAGGAGCUCUGCUGCUGGUUUUGGCUACCAGGUGGUUCAAAGACAAUCAGACUUGCUUGUCAGUGCCCCACUAGAACAGUAUUCGCAAAACAGAAAAGGGAAAAUAUAUAGGUGUACCACCUCUGGAGAAAACUGCCAAAAUAUACAAUUUCAAGAGCCAGAUUUUGCAAUCAACAUGUCCCUUGGUUUGACAAUGAAAAAUGAUCCUGGAACCCAAAACACUGUGGCAUGUGGUCCAACUAUUCCAAAGGACUGCAAAAGCUACACCAUGUACAAUGGUGUGUGUUUUCAGAUAGACCAGUACAAUAGAUUUGGACCUCCAAACCCUUCUUCUAUUGACGAAUGCCUGAUUGGAACAGACAUUGCCUUUCUGUUGGAUGGUUCAGGGAGUGUAAAUCGUCAAGAUUUUCAAAAAAUGAAGACCUUUGUGAAAAACCUCGUUGGGUCAUUUCUCUCAAGUGAUACAAAGUUUUCUGUUUCCCAGUUUUCUUAUUCACCAAAGGUCCAUUACUACUUUAAUAAUUUUUUCUCAUCUGGAUCAUGGGAAUCUAACAUUGAUAGAAUUAAACAACUACGUGGAGGAACUUACACAGCUAAGGCCAUCGAACACGCUGUCCAAAAUGUUUUUACACCACAAAGAGGAUCCAGAUCAAAUGCAAAGAAGGUGCUAAUAGUUAUAACUGAUGGAGAAUCGCAAAACUCAAAUCGCUUACCAUAUGCAGCACAGCUAGCUGAGAGUAAAAAAAUAGUUCGAUUUGCUAUUGGGGUGGGGGAUGCGUUUAAUAAACCUGAGGCAAAACAAGAACUGGACACCAUUGCAUCUUUUCCCUCAGACAAACACGUGUUUCAAGUUAGGGACUUCAACGCACUUGAAAUAAUAAGACAGAACUUAGAGAAAAAAAUCUCUAUCGAAGGAUCUCAAACCAGUGGGGAGUCACUGAGAAUGGAAAUGGCUCAAGAGGGAUUCAAUGUAGCUUAUGUGCCUGAGGGAAUUCAAAUGUCUAUUGUUGGUGCCAACCAGUGGACGGGAGGCUAUACUCAAUUUACAACUGGGUAUGACAGGGUGAAAACAUACGAGAUGCCAUUGGAGCCUGACAGUUAUCUUGGUUACUCCAUGGCAAUUGCUAAAACCCAGCGUGGCUCACUGACAGUUAUUGGUGCUCCAAGGUUCAAACACAGAGGAACAGUGCUUGCUGUGAGAUGGAGUUUACAGUUCUCAACUGCUAACAGACAAAGCUUUAUGAAACAAACAAUUGAGCCGUUUCCGUGGCAGUAUCAGACUGGUGAAUAUUUUGGGGCAGAGGUGUGUGCCAUGGACAUAAAUAGAAUUACUGGCUCUGAGGUCGAGUCAGGACUGAAGUUCUUUGGCGUGUCAAUCAGUCAGUCAUCUUUUGACCAGAGUGGUGAUGGACUGCCUGACUUAGCGGUGGGUUCAAAGGGUAAAGUUGUUUUAUUGAGAUCAAGGCCCAUAGUAAUCGUGAAAACUGACGUUUCAUUCAGCCCAAAGCAAAUCCUUACUCAGAAUGUAGACUGCUCAAAACCACUCGAAAACACAGCUGAACUCUGCUUUACCAUGAGCAGAGUGUCUACAGUCAACACAGCUCAAGCAAGGAUUCAUUAUACUUUAACAGUGGAUGCCACUCGGAAACCUCCAAACAACCGAGCAUACAUCAGUGGGAAACAACAAGAGCAGUCUGGAUCAUUUACUAUAGACUUAAAAAACAGACAGUGUUCAACUGUAAAAUUCUAUAUUGAGGCCUGUCCUGAAGACUCUCUCAAUGUGCUCUCCAAUGAGCUCAAAUUCACAUUUGAUGGUUUAUCUUCCAACACAGAUCCCAAACCAAGUCUGUCCCCACAGGCUAAAAGAACAACCAUUCAUCCUUUAGGGUUUGAGAUCAACUGUGGCAAUGACAACAAGUGUGUUGAUAACCUGAAAGUGGAUUUCAACUUCACCAGAUCCUUAGAGGUUAAAGUGGGCAUUGAUGAGCUUUUGAAUGUCACAGUCACAGUGGAGAACAGAGGUGAAAACUCCUACAACAGUCAUAUUAUUCUCAUGUACCCAGCUGGACUCUCCUACAGGAAGUUCACGAGUCAGCAGGUAAGGUAUCAGGAUCAAAUUGGACUUCAAUCUGCCAAAUUCCUCUUAACCAGCACAGUCAGUCUUGAGUACGACAAAAACCAGUACAUCUACUUUUCAACAGGUUCUGACAACCCUCCUGUUCGCAAGAUUGAAGUUGUGGUAGAAGUGUAUCCUGAGCCAAAUUUCACCAAAGAAAUUAUUGGAGGAUGUCUGGGAGGGUUGGCUUUUCUGGCUUUACUCACUGCUGGCCUGUACAAGGCUGGAUUUUUCAAGAGCAAAUACAAACAGAUGAUAAAUGAAAAUCCAGCAGAUGUUCCAGGUCCAGGGACUGAUGCAACAGCAGAAUAA